AUGUACUAUCGUAAUAUUUUCGCAAGCUUUGCUCGUUACGUCUAUUUGGUGAUGAUAUAUUUACAACUUUUAGAACCUGUGCCACGUCUCACAUGGCUCACGUCCAUUUGUCGGGUAGUUUGGAUCGCUUGGCUAAUAAAACCCGGCUACGAUGUUAUGUAUGAACUGUUCACGGAAACCAUUGAAAAACUCGGUUACAUAGUCGGCAGUUUCUUGUUUGUCUUCAAAAUGUUAACGAACAUAGCGGCCUACGUCGAAUCCAUGUGUAAGACAAAACACUGCCAGCAUCUGCAACGUCUGGAAAUUGAGGUGGAUGCAUUACUACGAGACCAUAUCGACAAUACGGAGACAUUAGAGCGAAAAAUCUGGCUCAAAGUAUUUUAUAGUAUGCUUUUGCAAUUCGUUUACGAUAUCCUGCAGAUCGUGCUUGCCUACACAUGCUACAUGUCGCCGGUAUUUUACUACGUAGUGCCAAUGUUGGCAAUCGAACGAGCGCGUUAUGCACAAAUCUCGCUUACGAUUGAGCGUCAAAAUGCACGCGCACGCAGUUUGAUCGCUUUGAUGCGUUUACUGGUUAAAGCUAAUCGUCCGAAACAUAAAUACACUAGUGAUGUGUGGCAACCCUAUGCGGCGUGGGAAUAUGAAAGACUGAACUUUUUACGUCUGCUGCAAGGACGGCUCUGUGAGUUGUAUCAAUGUGUGGGCGAUUGUUAUGGUUGGUCCAUCACUGUUUUGCUAUUUACUACAUUCUUCACUGUGGUAGCCAACAUUUUUUGGUGCAUUGAAAUCUUAAGUCGUGGUUUUCGUUUCGGACAGUUCAUGUAUGAUGCGCUAACCAUGUUGAGGUUAAGUACUUUAGCCGUAACAUUGUUGAUCACUGCUGAGAAAACGAGGCAACACAAUAGGCAAAUAAGCGGCCUCAUCUUUAAGUUAGCGAAACCGCUCGGCAACAAAGCUUACAACGAUCUCGUCUCCGAUUUCUCACUACAAUGUCUACAUCAGCCAUUUAUGAUAAAUGUGAAGGGAUUUUUCAGAUUGAAUUUACCGUUACUAGGUGAUGUAAAUUUAGAGAUAAUCGAAAAAGAUAUUGGAAGUACUGAGAUCGAACCGGGAAUCUUUCUCAGCUAA